ACGCGAGUGUUGUUUGGAGCGCUACCGCACGUGGCUGCCGCUGCCUCACUACCAGCGUGUGCGCCCCCCUCUCCGUACUCGCCCCAUGCUGUCCGCUUCCGCCUCUCCGACGUCCGCCGUGGGUCCACGGUAAAGCCUUCCUCUCCUACCGCUUCAUCUCCACCACCGUUCUCUUUUCCCCACCCCACCCUUCCUUCUACCUGUGCAUAGCAUUCUUUACCGAUAUACUCGGGGUAUAUCCGAAGUAGUUGAUUGCGCCGUUUUUAUUCGUAGACGCAGCCAAGUGAGGUGUGACUGUUCCUUCUACGUAACCCGUAGAAAGUGUCCAGUUCGCGCUCUUUUUUAAUCACUCCCGGGGAACUAAAUCUGGUCAGCUCAGUCAUUUCGCCGAUACUAGCCUUCUUCCUGUUCUCUUCUCUCUUCUCAUUCAUCUUUCUGUUCUACGUCCUCCUCGUGUGCUGUCUCUACCUGUCGCAAUAAGGGGCCGCUGACGCGCAUAUCCUUCGCCGAUCAUCCAGGCAUGGACUCCUCGGUGUGGACUCGUACGUUUUUCCGUCAGUGGCUGUUCUGAAGGAAGUCGGUAUAUACAAGGCUGUCGGACUCGGUGUUGUUGUGCCUGCUGCGAGUCAAGAGUGUCUGUCGUGUGCUUGUGAGUCCGAAGGAUUUUCGCCGCCAGUGGAUUACUCGUCCAGAUAUCGUCCGGGUGUCCACAUGUGUUGCAUAAUGGAAGAGACGAAGAGGAGUGACGACCCUCCGCCGCCUCCGUCGACGUACCUGGAGAAAUUCGAGAAAAUCGGCCAGCUCUUAUUGGAUGAGGCACUGCGGUAUUACAGGGCACGCCACUACCCAGGCCGUAUGUUGCCAAAGCUGUUCUACGCACACGGGAAGGUUUGUGCCUCCCACCCAUGGGAAGUGAUCGUCGGCUUCCUCACCCUCACCAUCUGCAUGCUUUCCAUGGGGGCAACUUUCCUGGGGAGCAGCAGGCUCUGCGGAUGGAGUUACCAGUGCCAGAUGCGAGAGGAAGACAAAGGCAUGGACAUUGUUGUCAUGACGGUGACGCGCUGCAUGGCACUCCUGUACAUCUACCAUCAAUUUCGUAUGCUGUACAAACUAGGGUCAAAGUAUUUAAUAGGUAUUGCUAUCAUCUUCACCAUAUUUUCUAGUUUCGUCUUCAGCAGCAGUGUUUUAAAUCUCCUGGAAGGAAAUUUCUCUGAGCUUAAGGAAGCUCUGCCAUUUUUCUUACUUCUAAUUGACCUAUCCAAGGCCGGCCUCUUAGCACAGUUUGCCCUUAGCUCAUCAUCUCAGAACGAAGUACGAGAAAAUAUAGCACGUGGUAUGGCAAUCUUAGGUCCCACUAUCACUCUAGACACUAUUGUUGAGACACUUGUCAUAGGCGUUGGAACUCUUUCAGGGGUGAAGCGACUAGAAGAGCUGUGCUGCUUUGCCUGCAUGUCAGCAAUGGUCAACUAUGUUGUGUUCAUGACAUUCUUUCCUGCCUGCCUUUCCUUAGUGCUUGAGUUGUCACGUGACCGCGAGGAAGGGCGGCCUGUCUGGCAGCUCAGUUCGCUCACUAAAGUGCUGCAGCAAGAAGAGGAACAGAAGCCUAAUCCGGUGUUACAGAGGGUCAAAAUGAUUAUGUCAGCCGGUCUUAUGGUGGUCCACACCCACAGUCGGUGGCCCGGAACGCAAGAGAGCAGCAACCUUGCCGGCAGUCGUGGUAAUCCUCUUAACCCAACGUCUAGGAUAUAUACCACAUCUAACGGAUCUGCCUGGGGGCAUUACUUUGAGAGGUCAGUGAGGUGGUUUGCCGUAAGCCCGGAACAGCUGGUUAUGCUAGUGCUGGCGUGUGCGCUUGCAGUAAAGUACAUCUUCUUUGAAAAUCGAGAAGAGCUCAGACAGCACUUGGCUAGUGUUGCAGCAUCACACGCGGCAGACCUUGCCAACAAGGAGAACAUCGCGGAAGAAAAAAUGCAGAAGCCCCAUCAACUCAAGCUGGACACUGCCGCUGUUCCAAGCAUUAGCAUCAUGCAGGCAGAGGAGGAGCUUAGAGAUGACCACUCGCGACCCAGCACUCCGUCUACCGCCCCUGUGUCACUGUGCCCAACGGAUGAGCAUGUCGAAUUUAUGCUCGGAGCAGACGACUGGGAGUCUGCCGACAAGGAAGUUCAGACUGAUCCAGUGGAAUUUGCUCCUGCAAAGAUAGAACCUGCGAAGUACUCCGCGGGGCCACAGGCAUUAGACGCGGCAGCUGCUGAGCCUCGUAGCGUAGAGGAAUGCGCGGCAAUACUUAACACUGAGGGAGGGCCUCUGCAAUUAACGGACGAAGAGGUCGUUCAGCUUGUGGAGACUAGACGCGUCCAGUCCUACAAGCUGGAGGCUGUGCUUGGCGACCCCGAGAGGGGUGUAGCAGUGCGAAGGAAACUCCUCACGAAGCAGUCUGGCAGAAACUUCAGUGGACUUCCAUACAUGGGUUACGACUACGGCACCGUAAUGGGAGCGUGCUGCGAGAACGUCAUUGGCUACCUUCCCGUCCCUGUUGGUGUGGCCGGUCCACUUCUCCUGGACAGCCAAAACUACCACGUCCCGAUGGCAACCACGGAGGGCUGUCUGGUAGCCAGCACGAAUAGGGGCUGUAGAGCAAUUGCUAUGUCAGGAGGUGCAUUCAGUAGCGUGGUGCAUGACGGAAUGACACGGGGCCCUGUAGUUCGGCUUCCCACGGCUCAACAAGCAGCAGAGGUCAUGGUGUGGCUACAAGACGAUGACAACUUUGCAAUUAUCAAGGCAGCAUUUGAUGCAACGAGUCGGUUCGCAAGAUUGCAGAAAUUGCACACAACAAUAGCAGCAAAGUACCUCUUCAUCCGUUUUGUCUCUGUCACAGGGGAUGCAAUGGGCAUGAACAUGCUUUCAAAAGGUGCUGAGAUUGCACUAAAGAAACUACAGGAAGUGUUCCCAGCCUUGGAGGUUGUGAGUGUAAGUGGAAAUUACUGCACAGACAAGAAACCAGCAGCAAUAAACUGGAUUGAAGGCCGUGGAAAGUCUGUUGUCUGUGAAGCCACAAUAUCAGCCAAGGUUGUUAGAGAGGUGCUGAAGACUGAUGUCCAGUCUCUGGUCGAUGUGAACAUCAGUAAAAACCUGAUUGGCUCAGCAAUGGCAGGUAGCGUGGGAGGCUUCAAUGCACAAGCAGCAAACAUCGUCACUGCCAUAUUCAUUGCAACUGGGCAGGAUCCCGCUCAGAAUGUGACAAGCUCCAACUGCCUGACGAUAGUUGAGGCAGCAGGGGAGACUGGAGAAGACCUCUACAUCAGUUGCACUAUGCCAUCGAUCGAGAUUGGCACUGUGGGCGGUGGUACCGUUCUUCAGCCACAGGGCUCCAUGCUUGAUCUCCUUGGUGUGAAAGGUGCAUCAACGGAAAAGCCUGGCAACAAUGCAUGCACUUUGGCACGUGUCGUAUGUGGCACAGUGCUAGCUGGUGAACUUUCCUUGCUUUCUGCAUUGGCUGCUGGACAUCUAGUCAAGUCUCACAUGAGGCACAACAGGUCUAGCAUCAACAUGAACUUGGGGCACGUUCCAAAUGCAGCGCACCACCCCCUGCUACCACACAUAGAAAAUGGGCACUUAGCUGUGAAGCGCACUCUCUGAUUUGUACUUAGCACUUGUCUGUCUUCCGUCAUUGCUGGAGAAGAACAAGCAAGCCCAAAGCUCUCCAACUGUUGUCCUGACAUUUCAUAGAAUGCAUUUGUAGUGUUGUGCUUGUUACUAUUUUAUUUGUGUGCCUGUGGAUGUAUACUGGUAUGAUAGAAGUGUAAUAGAAUGUGUGGAGCUAGAGAGUGUGUCACCCCAUGAUACCGGUACUUUGUGUAGGGUACUCUGUAGAAUGUCUGAUGGAAAUGUGCAGUAGUAAGUAGUCAUUGAAGGAUUAUAGUCACAAAUUUACCACAUUAAACUCAUCUUAUUUUUUAAUGGCACGUUGAGGAGGAACAGGAGAAACUCACGACACACGAUCAUUAAUUGCAGAGGUUAAGCCAGCUUGUUUUGACUUGGUUCUUGCGAUUGUGGUCGGCGACAAGGAUGCCACAGCAUAGUCUGAAUAUGUAUGAACCCAUAUGCCUUUUUGUACAUAAGAACUCAUUCCUUCUGUGAUACAUCAUGCAUCAAUUUGUGAAGUAAUUGUUCUGUAUGCCAUUUGUUCAUGUUUUCAAGUUUCCAAGGAAGCAGGACACUUGUGCACAACAGGAGUCGUUGCUAAAACUUUGUGUCUCAAAAUGUGUCUCUAUGGAAGUGAAAUUGUCUAGUACCCCCCACCCCACCCCCCACCCCCUCAGGAAGGCUUGCAUUGGUGUUGAUAUAUUUAUUACAAAGGCUUAUUGGGACUGCAUCUGUGAACAGACUUUAUUAUAGCACCUGCUGAAUGUGGGUCUUGCGAGGGAAAGCUCGACAUGGGUGAUGCGCGACCAAAUACACAAAUGUACAGCUCCCUGCAACAUUAACUUGAAUACUGUUACGACUGGCGGAGCAGUUGGAGAGCCACCCUGUCGGCGCUACGUAGAGAUACGGGGAAAGAGCGAUGUGGGCUAUCCCACUCGUGCUUUGGGGGGUGUUUGUCGAGAUGCAGACGCUCUGCUCCGAAUGCGCGGAGGAGGCUUCUCAACAAGUACCCCCCAAACAUGAGUGGGAUAGCCCACAACGCUCUCUCCCUGUAGUUCUACAUAGCAGAGAUAGGGUGGCUCUCCAAUCGCUCCGUCAGUCGUCGCCGUGGCGUUCAAGUUAACGUUGCAGGGGGAUGUACCAGUCAAUCUUGCGGCAUCAUUACGCACUGCUUGUAUUGUAGAAAAAAAUUGCAUACCAGUCCUUGUACGUGUCCUGCUGAGAGGGCAACGUUUCGAAGAACACUCCUCCGCGUAACCUGUUUCCAUCCCUAUGCUGCACUGUGUGGUCUGAUUUGAAGUGUCUGGGAGAAAAAUGUGAUCUGCUUCCACAAAGCAGCUUUCCAAAGUACUUUUAUACUUUUUGUCUCUGGAAUUUAUUCCAACUGUAGAUAAAGCAAAAUGUUUUUAAAGGUGCUUGUACAGGAGUGAAUGUGAAAGAGAAUAGUGAAUAAAAUAUAAAUUGUUUGCAGA